ACCUUCAAUUCGCAAGACUCAUUUCGGUUGCAACUUUCAGUUCCACAUUUCAAGAAUCGUCCGGUCAUGGCCAACACCUUCCUCCUCCUCCUCCUCCUCCGCUGCGUCCUCCUGACCACCGCCGCCACUUCGGCCUCUCCAUCACCAUCCUCGACCGUCCCCGACGCCGCAGCUCUGCCUGCGGACGGCACCUGCUGUAUCCAGCAAGUCAGCAACAUCCUCGACGCCUUGCUCAGCUCCGGCGACUUAGGCAACUGGGCCUCCAUCCUCUCCGCCAUCGACCCCUCGACCCUCCCCGUCUCGGCCACCCUCUUUGUCCCCGCCGUCGCCGCUCUCCCAAGGGACCCUCCCUCUCUCCUCUACCACGUCGUCCCCCAACACCUCGCCUCCUCGCAACUCAAGCUCUUCCGCGCGGGCUCUCGCCUGCCGACCCUCCUGCCCAACAACUCCAUCCUCGUCACGGGCGGCUCCCCAUCCAACUUCAGCCUCGACGGCCUCCCUCUCGUCGAGCCCGACCUCUUCUCCUCCGACGGCCUUGCCGUGCACGGCGUCGCUGGGGUCCUCAACUACACAGUCUACGGCAGCGCCGACAGGCUUCCUCCGCCGCCGCCGCAGCACGCGACAGGCGAUGCUCCGUCUGCGGCGACAUUCCUGCCACCGGCUCAGGGAAUGACUGGCCGGCAAACGCCUCGCGCCGCAUGCAGCACCAGGAGCACGGCGGCGGCUGUUACGUCGGUUCUUGGCUUGGCACUCUUGGGUUUUCAAAGAUUGUGAGGGAUUUCUGGGUCUCUUCGUUGAUGGGUCUUGGAUAGUUGCAGAGGCUUGAAGAGCAAACGAUCCCCGGUCAUUUUUGUUGUCCCUUUUCAGUUCUUGUCGAGCCAUUGAAGCCAUUCGAGCAAAACUUCGUUUUUCUUUCUGUAAAUUUCUGAGAUCGUACGAAGUCCAUUUAGAAGUUGGGAGAUGAACAAGGAGAGAAGCCCGUGCUCUGUCCGAGUUCGUUGGCGUGGUUGUAAAUCAAGAAAAGGUGAGGAGAUUGUAAAUCUUCUUUCGUUAAAAAAGAAAGAUUAGUUCCUUCUGGCGCUCUUGAUGUUUGCGAGUGUCUAUGGAUUUCUGGUCUACAUUUCCGUUUUU